AUGUCAUAUCUAAUUGAUGCGGAGCUGAUGAAAGCUGUUUUCUGCCAGCAGGGAAAUUGUCCGCCUCAACAACAACUUACUUUGCUUGCUGUCAGUACUCACGUUAUCCCAUUCGAAUGCGGUGAGCUGAUUGAAUCUGCUUCUCACAGCCUGCAGCCGUAUGUUACACCAAUGGCGACAACUUGGCCAUUUGUAAGCAUGACUACCUCAUCAUAUGGCAACCCAGCAAACGCUCAGCCUGCGCCUCUCAGCAACUAUGACAACAUGCCCACAUUAAUGAAUUGCGAUGUUAAUGCAGCUGAGGGACCUCUGGCAAACCAAAUGGUGACGGAAGCUCACGUUGUCUCACACCAGCCAGCAAUCUGCCAAACUACAUACGCCGUCCAAAACGGGUAUUCCCAAAACGACAAUGGAGCCCCGACCUAUACCGUUGAUCCGAGAUCGCAAUACCCGAUCUCUGGACAGCAAUCCAACUACGUGGUCAACGUAUCCCCGGCUACUGAAACCGAAUACGUGACUGCUCAAUUGGUUUGCAGCACACAAAGUCAGCAGGAAUCCGUAGUGACGCAAGUUGGCUUAUCAGAUUACUCCAGUAGCCCCGUGGGCUUCAAUCGAAACGGAACGCCCACUCCAUCAGCAUCCAUUGCCACGUUGGAUUCAACGAGGCGAGGACGCCGUCAGAGUGAAAUGCCGAGAGGCGCUAGCAAUGGUUUGGGUGCGCGCAAGAAACCCCGUAAAUCACGGACAAUCUACACUCGUGAGCAAACGGACAGGCUGAUUGAGGUGUUCGCCAGAACGCAGUACCUAAACCUCACAGAAAGGGCUAAGCUGGCGCCUGAGCUUGGGCUAAAACAAACUCAGCUUUGGGCAUCAGUCGUGAAGCCGACGUCUCAGUCGUCCAAAGUGAGUGCCAAAUUCGAGCAAAGGAUCAUCAUCUGGACAGGACAAGGACCCACAGUACAGAUUUUAAUCAAUCAAGAUCCUACGUGA